AUGACGGCUUCAAAUAGUAUUACACUUGACAUGUUGCGUCCACACUUUGAAGAACCAUUGGCCAAGGUGGCGGCAAGUUUCGGAAUCUGCGUGACAUUAUUGAAAAAGAUAUGCAGACGACACGGUAUUGCCCGCUGGCCACACCGUCAAAUUACUGGCCUCCGCAAGAGUAUUGCUUCAAUGGAACAUGCCAUUGGGUAUUUUGAUGGGAUACGACGCGAAUCAUACGCCGAACAAUUACUCAAACAAAAGAAAAAGCUUGCUGCCUUGUUGGACGAUCCGACGAUCAAUAAUCCACUUCUAGCUCAUGAAGACGAGAUGACUAAUGGUUUGACCAAUGCAUUGCCCUUGCAUCAAAUUGAAAGUGGUCACAAUGUGAAACCUGCCCCAACAAACCACCAUGCAUUGUCACCAAGGGGUCCACUACCAAUGGAGUCACCACAGUACACUGUACCGUCCGUUGCGAUAUCUUCACAGAUGUCGUCCAUGUGCCCUCCAGCUGCCUUCUAUAUUGAGCAGAGCUACACACCAGAAUUUCAUCAAACGUGCUCUCCACAUGUUUACAUGCAGUCUCGUCCAGAGGCCUAUUUAAGUAUGCGGUACUACAAUCGUGGAGCUACAAAUUCAGUCUCUAGUACAAGUUUGUCUCCUAUCUAUCAAUUGCCACCGCUUCGUCGCGAGUCACGACCAAUGCUACCGCCUAUUUCGUCAUUAGUAGCUGUCAGGAACAAUAGCAUUUAUUCAAGUUAA